UAAUAAUAUAUAAUGUCUUAUUGCAAAAGCAUUGGUAAAGACAAGGUGAUGUUUGUGACUAUGGAGGAGCAUUCAACGCCGAGUAAGGUAGAGUUGCCACCUCCUGAACCACAACCUGGUGUUAUUACAGAAACCGGUGAAAUAAACUGGAGUUGCCCAUGCUUAGGUGGCAUGGCUACUGGUCCAUGUGGCGUUCAAUUUCGCGAUGCAUUUUCAUGUUUUCAUUAUAGCACAGAGGAACCAAAGGGUUCAGACUGCUAUAAUGCAUUCCGUACUAUGCAAGACUGUUUUCAGCAAUAUCCAACUGUGUACAAUAAGGGAAAUAGUGACGCAAAGGAAAGUCUGGAUAUGGAAAGUUUAGACCAAAAUGCAACUGCAAUGGAAGAUAAAACACUUUCGGUCGUUGAUAAAAAAAAAGAUUAAGGACAAUUAGACUUUUAUUGUAUUGAUAAGCUUUUUUGUUACAACAUUUGAAAGUUAUUAUUAAAUGUAAUUAAUGUAUAUAAAUUCUAUUAAAUUUUAAUUGAAUUGAUUAUAUAUUAAGCGA